AUGUCGGCCCAAUCUCCUCAUCCACCCACCCCCAAAGGCAUUCGGAAUCACAAUACAAGUACCGCCAACAACAACAAUAACCGGCGACUGCCGAAGAAGAAUGCUACUCCGCAUACACAGAAGUCUACCUUGCUGAGUACCCCACCAUCGUCCCCGCCGCGCAAUAUGAGUCCGGCCGGGAUCGCGACAGACUCGUCGGCCAAUGUUCAUUCCAAGAAGAAGCCCUUGCGCUCGGGCAAGAAGCCCCAGCCUCGGAACACCAAUGGAGCUUCACCCGCACCGAAUCAUAAUGGACAUCGACACACGCACUCGCAGUCUAGCCUCGCGACUCCCCAGGUGAAGGACGGCGCCGCGGCCUACGCAGGCCCAACCUUCCAUGCCUCACCUGCCCCAUCGGCAUUGCCAAUUCCGAGCUUCUUCUCCAAAUCCUUCCCUGAAUCUGACCUUGCGCCGACCCUCGAGACUGAUAGUGAUAAUGCGGACAUGGAGCCAGACCUGGAAACCACUCCGUCAAAGCCCAGAGCAGCUCGCGCGCAACCUGCGGCGGCGGAGGUCAAAGCGCAACCCUCGCCUCUUGAUUUCCUCUUCAAGGCUGCUGUGCAGGCUCGAACUCCGAAUUCCAUGAGCAGUCCCGAAGUGGCUACUCGCGUGCGCUCGCCGCACACCGAUUCCAAAGUGCUUCCUUCGAAUCCCAACCACACGCCGGGCGGGAUGUUCCCAAUGGACCUGGAAAAUGAGCGCGCGCGCGCUUCCCCAAUCGGACCUUCAUUUGCUCCCUCGUAUCAGGACCGCAUGAACGCUUUGCGAUCCGCUAGUUCCCCGUCUCAGUCUUCCGCUUCCGCUCCCGCUCCAGAUGCCACUACUGAAGACCAGCGGCGCAUAAAGACCGAACAGUUGAAGUACAUGUUGCUUAACCCGCGUCCCCAAAACCCGCCAUCCUCGUCAGCGUCUCCUCCAGUUCAAGCGCAGCCGGGUUACUAUGGGCCUCAUCGUCCCAAUAUCAACUCGACCGUUCCCCACUACGCAACUCCCAUGCGAACCUCCUCAGGUCCCCCGGCUACCCUCUCGCAAGGCUACUCUGCCGGCCAGCAACAGCCGGUGCACCCCACCACCACCAACGCUGGUCGUCCUUCCUACCCUUACUCCCACGCCAAUGGCUCGCAGCCACUCCGGAACACAACCUCGCCUUUAAGACGCGAAGUUCCUCGCGUCAAUGGCCGCAGCAAUGGCUACCACAGCAAUGCCCACCACAGCAAUGGCUACCACAGCAAUGGCUACCACAGCAAUGGCUACCACAGCAACGGCUACCCCUCUGGGCAUUCGUCACCAACACCCUACGGAAAUGGUCACUGUGCGGCGCCUACCGCGUCGGUGUCGCAUCCCGCCGUUGUCUCGCCCCAGCCUCAGUACACCCAAGCAGCCUUCGCCAUGCCAACUAAUUCCCCUUCUCCCUCCAAGUCUCUUGACACCAAGAAAAUGGAGGAUGACCUGCGGCGAAUCCUAAAGCUGGAUGCGACUCAGGCCCCGGGGCCAGGCAUACCAUCCAGCGGCUUGCAGAGGUCUUUUGCUGCUUGA